AGGCGAGUGACGCGGUGUUGGCAGUGAGCCAGGCCAUCACAACAGUGCUCAGGUGCUCUACUAACUCUGCCUUCAUCAACGACACUCUCGCUCGUCUCAAUGCUAAUACAGUGGAGGAGUCCGAGCAGCGGCUGGGCCUGCACUUGUGGUCGAUCCUCCACAUGCACCAAGGCGUCGACAUCCCACCUGAGGUGGCUGAAGAAAUCUCCACGUUUCCCCUUCAGGAGCACACACCGCCAUGCAGAAUUACCAGGGAGACUGACGGCUCCCCAAGCAAGAGUAUUACUCAAGAUGAUACGUCUCAGUCAAUGGUUACGGAGGAAGAUUAUGAAGAUACGUUGAUCUUCCCUCCACUAAUUAACGAUUCAAGUUUGGAGGUGACAGAACAUGAGGUGUCUGUAUCAUCUGGGGUGCUUCACCAAGAGCUAUUGACGGAAGACAUCAUGAGAUGCCACCCAUUACUUACAGCAUCGUUACACCCACUUCGUUCUUCCACUCCUAUACAGUCUUGUGAUUCUCGUAUUCGCAGUGAAGGUAACAUCCCCUACUGGUCACACGUCAACUCGCAGACGACUUAUGAGCCGAUUGCCAGCAAUGUAAUAGUCUCUGAAUACGAUAACGAGUUACAUAUUCUUCGAGGUGUUAGUGGGCAGCAAUCUAGUGAGUGUUACCAAGAUCGGGAUUUUUACGAGAACAGCAGUGGUAAUAUUGCAGUUUCAAGUCUUCGUGAGUCAACCUACUCUAACUCCCCACUUUUACCGGCUGGGAUGUCUCGAGGAUAGUCAGUUCUUUGAGGACGUCGUCAGCGAUACAAAUUUUACUAAUCCUUGCGGCAAUGGCAAUAAGACAAGGGGUGAUCGUACGCGCACGUCUAGAAGCGAAAUUGACCAAGCACUUUCCCUGCUCUCUUGUGCUUUAAAUCGCCAAGAGCCUAUUUGUGUCUCAGCCCGAUAAGACUGAAGAAGCAAUUUCUGGACUUUCAGAGUCCCUAUCACGAAGUCAACUCGUACUUCUCUCUGAGCAUCAUCCAACAAACCGGAUGUAUAACAUCUACAUUUCAGAACUCAUACCAGAAUUCUUGCGUUUCACCACUCGCACAGAAUCAAGAAUCUUGUAAUACAGAUCCCCCUCAGGAGCUUAGGGGUGAAUCUCUUCCAUCAAGAGACACUGGGAAAGUUUUAGACAUCUUACAAGAAGAUCAAAGUUUAGUAGCUGACAGAACUGGAUCCUCUCAGGAUUCUGUGAGCAUUUUACAAGAUAACAAUGAAUCGUGGUUUCCUAGAUACGAACUCAUAGCUAAUAAAGGUACAACAACCGAGUUACAUGAUACCAACCAAAUAGAACAAGUGGGAAUUUCAAGUGAUAGUGACAAUGAACUGGUUGAUGUAGAAUUUGUCAAUCUAGCUGAAUCUCCUAUACCUCUCAGUGGAGGGUCUGAAUCCUUAGACGAAUCUGAAAUUAGUUUUAAUAUUGAAACUGCUUCGAAUAGUGAAUCAAUAUUAAGCGUAGUUGACCACACCAACAAUUCUUCACAUUUACCAACAACUCUUCAAGCUGAAGCGACGGCAGAAUUUCAAGAAAACGAGGGCCAAUAUGAGGAAAAUCAGUUGAUUAAAGGUGCAUCUUUGGUUCGAACAAAUUCACCGAUCUCUGGAUUCCCAGGUUCUAGUUCACCAUCGACAAAAUGUGAUUUUAUGACUUCUAUAAAUCAUUACAAUAUUUCAUUAGAAGAUAAAGUAGUUUCUCAAACAUCUGAUGAGAAACAGAGCUGUCAUAACAGAAAAUUACCGGCGAAUUCAUUACUCAGGACUGUGGGAGUUUCCACAGUUUCCCCAUUCGAAGAGGCUAUGGUUGCACUACUAUUAGUUGAUGAACAGCUGCGAUGUCGUCCUUGUCGUAAAAAAACGCCCACAAAGGAUGACAAACGUACACAGAAGUCUCAAUCUAACGUGACCUCCAUAAAUGCUGAGAAUAUUAUGUUCCCCACUGCAGAUAUUAUCACUCAUAAUGCGAAAGACGAUUAUAAGUUUUCGUUUCCUGUUUCUAAAAGGCUUUGUCUUCUGAAGGCUGACAUAAUGAUCAAACCAACAACUCGUGCAGACACAAAUGCCGAGGAUCUUGCCAACGAGCAAUCACCGCAACUACCUUCUGAAAAAUCGUCAUUAGGCUCAGACACAAGCGAAACCGGAGCUUUGCCACCACACACUAGUCCCGCCGAAGAACUGAUACACUUACCUGAACAGGCUUCAUUCAACCAAACGGAACGUGUUAAAGCAAAUAUAGACAUCGUGUCCAAUGCAUCAUUAAAAGUAGAUGAAAAUGACGACGGGUCAGUACUAAUGUCUCAGCAAAUAUUACCAGAUCGAAACCUCACUGAGGAGAGAGAUAAGGAUCCAACAGAUAACGUAUCUCCGCAAUCCCUUCAUGAGCAGGUUUUACCAGAUCUAAAAACUGAUGAUGGAGGGUGGCAGCCUUCGAGUGACAACGCUUCAGCACAAAGUGAUAAAAGUGAAGAUGAGAAUUCAGAGUCUCUUCUAAAAGGAAUGACGUUUGACCCAGUGCAUGAAGCCUUAAAUUCCUCUGCUUUCCACUCUAGUAAUAUUACCCAAAAGAUAAAUGAGCUUAAGAACGGGGAGAUUAAUGAUCAUUCUCUCCUUCAAGAGUCGAUAAACCUUAGUUCUGAGCAGCCAACCAGGCCAAAAAAUAACCUAGCUAGCAACACUAACUGUGUCUGCAAUAGUGAAUCUCCUAACAACGUGCUGCCAAACAAGAAAAUAAAUCCGGCCACAAAUAGCCCUCAACAGAGUAUUUCUUUUCAGGUAUUAUCUUCAACAGAAUUUGAAUCCCGAUCCCAAAUACAUCAAACAGAGAACAUGAAACUCGGAAUCCCGAGUUUCGAUACUACAAUGCCUCAUAAAGAUACUCUUGAAAGUGCAUUAUCUCCAUCCUCUCCAAGACUGAGUAAUAUAGUUGUGGGUAGAACAGAGGAGCUGUUACCAAUAUGUGCUACGUAUCAGUAUCAAUAUCUUGGGAACAUUUUAGAUCAGCAUGAGCCAGGCGGGCAGUUCUGUGAUCUUCCAAAUAAAAAAAUGGCUUCAAGUGACCAUAUACCGUCCAAAACAGGCAUAUUUAACGAUGGUACAACUAACGUCAUUGGGUCUGAGAUAAAGUCAUAUCAACCCUUAAUACCAAAUGACCCUCCAUUUAAAACCACAGUAUCAGGAGACAAGUUACAUGCAAAAGCUGAACUCCAAGAUGACACCGCUGCAAAUGGUCUACAUGACAAUGAAUUACAGCAAGUAGUAGUAUCCGAAAGUAAGCAGCCUCGCAUUGAAACAGCUGACGAUGAUUUACAGAAAGGCCACGGCGUCAAGAAUAAGUCUGGAAGUAAAUUGCCUAUGAUCGAGGUUACAUCAGAUGGUCAUAGCUGGGAGAAACCACCAUUUAAAGAAGUCAAAAGACAGGAUUAUGAAGUAGCUGAUAUGCCUCAGGGAGAACCAGCGGAUGUUACAUCAAACAGUGACGAGCUAGAAGUAAUUAUGUCAAUUGUGCAAACGGAGGGCACAAUAUCAGAAGAUGAGUUAUGGGAAACAGACGUUCCUGAAGUUAUAAUACCGGAUGAUGAUUUGGAGAGAAUAGCUGUGCCAGAUGUUCCUGUCAAUCAUUUGAGAGAAAUUUCUCCUGUAAAGAGUGUCACAGAGGCAGCAUUAAUAUCUGACGCUACAAUGCAAGAUGUCGACGGUUCACAAGAAGUGACAAUGACAGAAGACACGUUACCACCCGACGUAACAAUGUUAGAAGAGCUUUCUGUAGACGAGGAUUUGCCAUCACAAACUACUGAUAUUCAGGAAAACUCCAUUGAGAUCAUGGCAGUACCUGAAUGUGAAAUAUCCGGGUCGGCCAGAGAGAGCCAAGACAAUCGUAAGGGUGUGAUGAGUAUUACAUGUGAACCAACAAGGGAAGAAAUAGCCACACAGAGAGUCAGUGGCUCUACUUGGUCUGAAGACUGGUCAGGCGAUAUUACGAUGCUCGACAUUGCUUCCUCAGAUCACGAACUUUCUCUCAGUUUAGAUUAUAACUCUGAUGACUUCACCUGGUGACUUGACAUUCACUGGAGGGUUAUUAAUUUUUACAGAUGCAUACAAAUAUACAAGAUUUCUGUCUGAAUUACACAACCCAUGCUCUUGUUUUUUAUGAAUUUGUAAAAAAAAAAAACAA